AUGACGCAACCGGUCACCUCUUACUCUGCCUCUGCUGCUCCUCCAUACGACGUGUACAACGCCAACCCUCAGGCCAACGCCUACCCUCCAACACCCCUUUCAAACUUUGCACACCAUCAUCAGCGAGAAGGAACGGACGCCUCGGAUCGGCCCCUCGUCCAGCCCUACUCCGCGCAAGCGCCAUAUCAGGCGUACCCCGCCCCCACCCAACCAUACCCCCAGGCGCAGCCAUACCAGUACCCCUCCGCCCAAGCCAACCCCGUAUCAGGUAUGGUACACCCCGCAGCGGGGUCCGGGAAUGCGGACCCAUCCGCGCCAGUCCAUGGCCAUCCGCACCAUGCGCAUCCGUAUGCCAAUAUCAUGCACGAGACGGAGCAAGAGUUGACGGAGGAUGAGCGGGAGGCGUACGAGAAUGGGAUACUGACGUGGGAGAAGGCCAAGAAUUGGAGGUUCUGGUUCAGGAAGGAGUGGAUCUGGUACUAUGUCGCACUGGUGUUGCUGAUUGUGGUGGUCGCGUUAAUGGCGAUUUUCCACCAUCAGAUCAUCAACUGGCUCACACCCUUCACGCGGAAACUACAGUCCAUAACGGUCGGAUGGCUCAUACCAGUCGCUAUCCUCUUUGUACUCAGUUUCCCACCGCUCUUCGGAAAUGAAAUCGUCAUGAUCCUCGUCGGCAUAGUCUGGGGACUGGGCGUGGGCUUCGCCAUCGUCGCGGUCGGUAUCAGUCUCGGCGAGAUCGCCAACUACUUCGUGUUCAAAUACUGGUGCUCUGCACGAGCAGAGCGGAUGACCAAAAAGUCCCUCAACUACGCCUGUUUGACACAGGUCGUGAGGGACGGCGGGUUCUGGAUGGCCUUUAUGAUCCGUCUCAGUGCUAUUCCAACGCAUUUCUCGACCGUCCUGUUCGCUGUCUGCGGCCUACCAUUCUGGCAAUACUGCCUCGCCCUCAUCGCCGGCCUCCCCAAACAGCUCAUCGCGGUAUACGUCGGCGUCGUCCUCGCCGGUUCAUCUGGCGACACAUCCGGCAAGACCCCAUCGACAGCCAUCUCCGACUCGGUAUUUGCCGUGACGGCGAUCAUCACCCUCGCGUCCCUGUACUACAUCUACCGCAAGAUGAUCGCGGUGAGGAAGAAGGUGUUGAUUGGGAUGAGGACGGAUCUGGCCGGGAAGGGAGUGACGAGUGUCGGGGAGCUGCCCGGGGAGGGAGGGAGUCCGGUCUCGGAAAGGCAGGCGCUGAGGGCAUGA